AUGGAUAUCCCAGCUAAGGUCAUAAAAAUAUAAGAUUUUGUUAAGGUCUUAGAGUACUAUAAAGAUUAUGUGCUGAAUCCACAAGCACUUAACUCUACUAAAUCAGAGUUAAGGUAGAAGCUAGAAUCGUAUAUGAACAAAAGGCUUGUCAAACUGAGUAAAUCAUCUGCAAAGAAACCUGAGAAGCUAUAAAAGAUCAUAGAUUUUCUGACUAUGAUUGAUAGAGAUUUGCCUUAUCAAGAUUUCUUUAAGAAUACUGGCUUAGAAGUGUUUCCUACUAUAUUUAAGCUGACUUAUUACGAGCAAGAAUACGCAGUGAUUAAUGAUGAGUAGAUUGAUUUAUAAGAUUCAUAUCUAAACUUGAGAAUAUAAACACAUGAAGAGGUAUCAUAAAAAUUAGAUCAAAUAACUCAUCCUUAAGCUAAAUCAAACUAUCUGGUGAAUAAUCUAUUGGCUAAAAUGUUAUUCGAAUGUGAUAAGCAAAAGCUGCUCAUCUAAACUGCAGAAAUAUUAUAUUCAACUGAUAAGAUUAUUUCAACAUAGAAGGUUGCCAAAUUAUUGGUAUACUUUGGAAGACUUUUCCAGAUUGUAGGAAAUAAUAGAUGCAAGUACCUAAUGGGCAGUUUGUUUGCUAUCGGGGGUCUACUAAAGCUUGAGGCUAAAAGCUAUCUACAUACAAUCAAUCUGAGAAGAGGAGUUGAACUACCUUGCCCUUUAUUCAAUGAGGAAAAUGAUUAUGAAAAGCAAGAAAAGUAGAGAGUAAGAGAGCUAUCAAAUUUUGACUUGCACUAUUUUGAAAAUGACUUGAUUAAGAUUAUGAGCUAAUUCAUAAAAUCAAUAAGUGUUCCCUCUUAUAACUCUAUAAACAAUCAGAUAUUUGACUUUUAUGUAGACUUUAGCUAGGAUAAGUUCAUUGAUGAAUAUGAGGAAGAGGAGUAAAAUAAUCCAGAUAAGUUGUAUGGGAUUGAGAGUGCACAUUAUACCAUCAAUUUCUUGUUUGAUUUAGUGCAGUUCAUCUUUUAGUUUAUGAUUACUGUUGAGGAAUAUGAAACUAAAUUGGAGCAGGAAUAGAUGGAAGUUGAUAGUGAAUAAGGCAGACAUUAAAGGAAUAUAUUUGAUCACAGGAAAGAAAUAAAGCCUAGUGAAUUAAUUACUUUGAAGCAUAAGUACUACUUUGAGGGGUUUGACUAAGUAAUCACAUAGGUAGUUACUUAGAUAAAACUGGUAUGUCCUAAUUGGGUUCAUCUCCUCUUUUUCUGGCAUGUAAAAUGUGCAGACGCUGACUCAGAUAAAAACUGGGCUGAUGUAUUAGAGGAAGCAAGAGAUUGCUAUGACAGGUAGGACAACUACAAUGUGUUUGGCCUUGCUGCAUAUCUAAAUCUUACAAUAAAGCAAGCAUUAGGCGCUCUAAACGGCACUAGUAAAUAGAUUAAUAAUGAACAAGCAUAUUCAACUCUGCUUACAUAUGAAUCACCAUAUUCAAGUUAGUUUUUGUUUGAUUGCAUGCAACCUUUAUUAAGAUACUGCUUAAAAUAUUAAAGAUCAACAACUCUCAACAUGAUUGGGUUAGAAUCGCUUUGCUUUUGGACUUUUAUCAAUUAAACCAAUUAACCAAUUUAUGAAAAUUUAGGCUAAUUUACUAGAGAUGAGUAAUCGAUUCAAUACAUAUUACAAUCGGUUUUCAAUAUGAUGGGUGGGCAGUUAUCUGAGAAUGGUUCCAAACUUAGUAUGAAGCUGAUUCAUCAGAUACUUAAAAUGUAUACAACUGAGGGUCAAAUAAGAAUUUUUACCUACAUUUUUAGCAUAUUGGACGAUGAAAAGAAUGAUAGAGGUACUUCAGUGUUGAUGUCUCAAUUCUAUAAGAACUUCACUGACUCCUCAGUCGAGAUAUUUAAGAGCUAUGCUGAAAGUGUAAAAGAAGUGUUUGAGUUAACUCUAGAUUGUCUUAAAGAUGAGACUAUUUACAUUCUAGAUCUGACAGAGAGAAUCCAAGCUUCUCUUAAUCUCUUCUGGUAUAUGAUUACAAGGGAAAGGUAUUAUUUGAAACAAGGGUAAAUUACUGAGGCUAUACUAUCAGACAGCAAAUACCUAGAUGAUGUCAUGAGAAAGAAGUAUUUUGAGAAUUUAGCUAAGACCAUACAAGCUGGACUCUCAGGUCUGGAUGAUGACAUUAAAAAUAUAGAAGAGACUUAAAAGGAUCAAACAGCUAAAGAAGGGAUGCUAGUCAAUGUCAAGUCUAAAUAGAACUCACUUAAUAUGCUACAAGUGCUGCUUAGUCAAGUCAGUUCACUAGUGUGA